AUGGAAGACAAUUUUCUGUUUUGCGAAUCUCUCCACUCUAAAACGACAGCAAAAGACAUUUUCGUCAAACUUGACAACUUCUUUCGUGCACAUGACAUCAAUUGGGAGCACUGUAUCAGUGUCUGCACUGACGGUGGUCCGGUUAUGCUAGGUUGCCGCUCGAGUUUUCAAACACUUGUCAAACAAAAAGCCCCGAAUGCUAUCGGGACACAUUGUACAAUUCACCGACAAGCUCUUAUGGCUAAGACUUUACCAGAUACAUUUAAAAAUGUUAUGAAUGGUGUUAUUGCUGUAGUCAACUUCAUUAAAGCUGGGGCACUAAAUUCUCGUUUCUUCGCAGAUUUAUUCCGAGAAUAUGAUGCCGAUUUCGAAACUCUUCUGUUGCCCUCUCGCGCCGGGGACCGCGAGGCUUCCAAAAAUUGGUCAGGGGACCGCGAAGCAAAGAUUUUGAAAAAGGUUGAGAACCACUGUACUAGAUAA